AUGAGCAUCAUCGCCGCCGCCGCAACUACUACUGAUCAAAAGGGCAGCAACCAUUCCGACACGUCAAGCGACGAGGCCGAUCGCCGCCGUGGAACGGAGAGACCCGCCGCCGCUGUCGGCCGGUCGUACGAGUGCACGUUUUGCAAGAGAGGGUUCACUAACGCGCAGGCCCUGGGAGGGCACAUGAACAUUCAUCGGAAGGACAAACUGAAGGCCAAGCAAAAAUCUAAUAUUAAUAUUCCUCAACGACAACAACAACAAGGAUCUUCACUACCCUCAAGCUACCUCGUACAAAUUCCGACCGACCAACAACGUUUUUAUCCGUCUCCGAGGGCACAACAUGUGGGAUACCUGUUUUACCCUAGCUACCACCAGCAAGUUGUUGUCGACGAGGGUUUGAAGGCGGAGAGUUUAGGGGUGCAUGGGGAUUUAAUGGGUGCGAAUCUUACACUGAGGAUUGGUCCUCAAAGGGAAGAAGAAGAUGAACACCCCUCGCAAAAGUAUACCUCACAAACCUCGUCACAUCGUGAUAUUGCUCGUAGUAGCAAAAUGUGCCUUGCAGAUGAUUACCUCAAGAGCCUCGUCACACUGUGA